AUGAAUUUACUAUUACCAUUUGGACCUAUAUUACUAGAAUUAAUACCAGCUUUAUUACAAACUAAUACUGAAGAAAGUCUUAAUAAGAAACAUAAGAAAAGAGAUGAAUUAUUAUUAGAUGAUAAAGCUGAAAUUAAUAGUGAAGUUGAAGAAAAGCAAAUAAAAAUAGGUACUGUGAAGAAAUCUAGAGUAUUGCUAAUAAUACCUAAAAUUAUACUACCAGUAUUUUCUGAUGCAUAUUCUAACCAAUCUUCAACUUUAGAAUCGCUAGUACAAUAUCCUUUAACUUUAAAAUCUGAAGUAUACACUGAUUCAUUUUCAACUGAAACUAAAUCAAAAGAAACUGCAAAUUUACUAGUUCAACAAGCAGAAUCACUAUUAAAUUAUAUAACAUUAGAAGAAAUUAAUAGUAAUAAGAUGCUAGAAGAUGAUAUUAUAAUUGAAUCAUUUUCUUAUUAUCUUUGCUUUUAUGUAAUUAUUAGUUUUUAA